GGGAAGGGAGGCCGGCUACGAAUUAGCCUAAGUUAUUAAAGAUGGCGGCGGAGCGGAGUCGCUCCUCGAUGGACUCGCCGGUCCCGGCCUCUAUGUUCGCCCCCGAGCCCAGCUCCCCGGGGGGGGCUAGGGCCGCGGCGGCUGCCGCUCGGCUCCAUGGCGGAUUCGACUCGGACUGUAGUGAGGACGGCGAGGCGCUCAACGGCGAGCCGGAGCUGGACCUCACCAGCAAGCUGGUUCUAGUGAGCCCUACAUCAGAGCAGUAUGACAGCCUACUUCGGCAGAUGUGGGAGAGGAUGGACGAGGGAUGCGGAGAGACCAUAUAUGUCAUUGGGCAGGGAUCAGAUGGGACUGAGUACGGGCUGAGUGAAGCUGACAUGGAGGCCUCCUACGCCACAGUGAAAAGCAUGGCAGAACAGAUAGAGGCCGAUGUCAUCCUCCUGCGGGAACGUCAAGAAGCUGGGGGCCGCGUGCGUGAUUACCUGGUCCGGAAACGAGUAGGAGACAAUGACUUCCUGGAGGUCAGGGUAGCAGUAGUGGGCAACGUGGAUGCUGGCAAAAGCACGCUUCUGGGGGUCCUGACACACGGGGAGCUGGACAAUGGCCGCGGCUUUGCCCGCCAGAAACUCUUCCGCCACAAACACGAGAUUGAAUCUGGCCGCACCAGCAGUGUGGGCAACGACAUCCUGGGCUUUGACAGCGAAGGCAAUGUGGUGAACAAGCCGGACAGCCAUGGUGGCAGCCUGGAGUGGACCAAGAUUUGUGAGAAGUCCACUAAGGUGAUUACCUUCAUUGACUUGGCUGGCCAUGAGAAAUACCUGAAGACCACGGUCUUUGGCAUGACGGGCCACCUGCCUGACUUCUGCAUGCUCAUGGUGGGCAGCAAUGCUGGCAUCGUGGGGAUGACCAAGGAGCACCUGGGCUUGGCACUGGCACUCAAUGUGCCUGUUUUCGUGGUGGUCACCAAGAUUGACAUGUGUCCGGCCAACAUUCUGCAAGAAACCCUGAAGCUGUUACAGCGCCUGCUGAAGUCGCCAGGCUGCCGGAAGAUCCCUGUGCUGGUGCAGAGCAAGGACGACGUGAUUGUUACGGCCUCCAACUUCAGCUCUGAGAGGAUGUGCCCGAUAUUCCAGAUCUCCAACGUUACAGGCGAGAACCUAGAUCUACUGAAGAUGUUUCUCAACCUCCUCUCCCCCCGCACCAGCUACCGGGAGGAAGAGCCUGCUGAGUUUCAGAUUGAUGACACUUACUCUGUACCGGGUGUGGGGACAGUGGUGUCUGGGACAACACUGAGGGGUCUGAUCAAGCUGAAUGACACACUGCUGCUGGGCCCAGAUCCUCUGGGUAACUUCCUGUCCAUUGCUGUCAAAUCAAUCCAUCGAAAGCGCAUGCCUGUCAAGGAGGUGCGGGGGGGCCAGACGGCCUCCUUUGCACUGAAGAAGAUUAAGCGCUCAUCCAUCCGGAAGGGCAUGGUGAUGGUUUCCCCACGCUUGAAUCCCCAAGCAUCCUGGGAGUUUGAGGCCGAGAUCCUCGUCCUUCACCACCCCACCACGAUUAGCCCGCGCUACCAAGCCAUGGUACACUGUGGGAGCAUCAGGCAGACGGCCACCAUUCUGAGUAUGGACAAGGACUGUCUGCGCACCGGGGACAAGGCUACCGUGCACUUCCGCUUCAUCAAGACCCCCGAGUACCUACACAUAGACCAGCGGCUGGUGUUCCGGGAAGGCCGCACCAAGGCUGUGGGCACCAUCACCAAGCUCCUCCAGACCACCAACAACUCCCCGAUGAACUCCAAGCCUCAGCAGAUUAAGAUGCAGUCAACGAAGAAAGGCCCUCUGAGCAAACGAGAAGACGGGGGCCCGUCUGGAGGGUCGGCAGUAGGGGUACCCCCACCUGGAGACGAAGCUUGCUCUCUAGGGGCAGCGCAGUCAGCCACAUCCAGCAGUCUCCAGCCAAUGCCCAAGCCUAGCAGUGGGGGCCGGCGACGAGGGGGCCAGCGUCACAAGGUGAAGUCCCAGGGGGCCUGUGUGACUCCUGCCAGUGGCUGCUGAAUUUCCCCUGCCUCCUCCACCACCCAAGGGAUCCUCAUGUCCUCUGGCCAGCGCUCCACCAGAUGGGCCAGAGCAACUCUUGACUCCCCCCGCCCCCCCCCAGGCCACAGCCGGAGCCGCAUCAUUCCCCACCCCGGUUUCCAGGGGCGUUGUAAUUUAUAAGCCGAGGAAGGUGGCCAGAUUUCCGGAGGACUGCCCAUCUCCCACCCUCUCCCCACCUUCUUCCUCACUCAGUUUUUGUACAUCUGGGCCCUUAGUUUUUAUUCCUUUUAUUAUACCUCGUCCGUGCGUGCGUGCGUGCGUGCGUGUGUGUGUGUGUGAGUGUGUGUGUGAGAGAGAGAGAGAGAGAGCACGCGAGAGUGAGAGAGAGAGAGGAGUGCAGCCUGUCAGGGCCUGGCAGUCUUUCUCCUUCCCUCCUCAUGGCUGGCCACCAGCCUCCAGGAGCUGGCCACCUGCCCAUUUGUCUGUCCAUCCAUCUGUGUGUCUGUGAGAACCUUUAGGGGCUGUCAAGAGCUGAAGGGUGCCCUCCUUCCCUGUGCUCUGCACCCUGAGCCCUCUGUGGAGCCAGUCUAGGGCUGGGUGUAAGUGCUGCUGCCAGCUCAGGGAGCCCUCCUUCUGGGACUUGGGGGUUCCAGCAGAGUGGAGAGUGCUGGCUUCCUUUUCUCUCUCUUUUUCUCCUUAAACCCCCAAACAGGUAAUGCCAAAAGCUCUUAAAUUGUAGCCUGUAGACGUAUAGAGGGAAGAGGUGAUUGGAUUGUAGGGCCCCUCCUGCCCCUAACCCCGACCUUUGCCACUGACCCAAAGACAGCUGGUGGCUUUUCUUUCCCCUUGGAGACAAUCCUGUGUUUGCCUGGCAGGCCAGGGCAACUCCUGCUCCGCGAUUCUGCUGAGCUGGAAGCUCUCGCCUCGCCUAAGAGCCUCCCCUGCUUGGACUUGGACUCUGAAUCCGGGCACUGACGACCUAGACUGGGGUCGCCUGCUCAGGGUCCUGCUCACUCGCACCUCCUGUUGGUGGGGUGCGAGUGUUCCUCUGAGCCAGGCUAUGACUAGAACCCCUCCUUCUUUCCCCACCACACCCCCGCCACAUCGCCCCGGCAUGACUGCUAUAGGAGCACAACAGUGAAGGGCCUGAGCCCCAAGUUUGGGAGCCCCAGUUGGGGUGCUGGCAGGGCAGGGGGCAGUGAAAAAGACCCUUCCAGGCCCAGCACCGAGCAUUAAGCCCUCUGGAAGAAGCACUGCCUAGGAUGGGGGUGGGGUUGCCCAGGCCAGAGCUGCAGUGUGGGCCCUGAACCAGCUGGGUCUGAGCUGUGGACUGAAGCCCUCAGUUUAGGGUGGACGGAGGUGUUUUUUCUCCAGCCGGGGCAGACACCCAGCUGGCUGGGUCCAUCCUCAGCCUUGCCUCCCUCUUGUCCCCAACACUUCUUUCCUUCUGCUCCCGGACUGCUGGUCCCUCCACCUCCCUGUCUAGCUAUUUCUAGUUACCACUGAUCCAUGGCCAUGGACCGACCAGACCAGCACACAAAAUAAAAGUUCGUUCCAAGUUGACAGUGUGGUGGUCCCUGUCCAGCCCCUCCAGGUGGAGGUACUGCCUCCGGGAACACUAUAGCUUUACCUGCCCAGGGGCCCCUGUCUGCAGGGCAAGGGCCAGCCCAGCUUCUGUCAGACAGGCGUGGCUUCAAUAUCCAGGCUCCUGCACCAGCUGUGACACAGGACAAGUUGCCAGCCUUCUCUGAACCUCAGUUUCCUUAUCUACAGCAAGAGGUAAAUGCCUACAUCAGGGUUGUCAGGAUUUAGUGAGGAUGUAUUUGAGGCCCUCCUGUGCCCAGCACAUGGGAGGGACAUGGUGAAUAGUUACACUGCUGCCCACCCACUUUGGCUCCUGGGUCUCUAGCAGAGGCUGCAAGCUGGGGGACAGGUUUCAAAGCGGAAAUGUCGCAUUGCCCCGUCUCUGCUAUGUGGCUGGGGCUGUGAGGUGUCAUAGGUGUCGCACGCUCUUCAUGUUCUUUGAUGUUCUGCAGCUACUGUCUGAGGGAGGUGGAGUUAGUUCCAUUUUUUUAGUUAAGGACUGAAGCUCGGAGGAGCAGUGCCACCAGCAGGCGUGUUUGUCCCUGCACCUGCCCUCGCCCCCCACCAUUCCCGGUCAGCUGCUGCAGCGUGCUCUGGCCCCUGCCUGUUUCCUUGCUUUUUCACUCUGCCUCUGCCUACAGGGGCUGCUGCCCACUGGUGCCCCUGUAAUGGGGCUCCAGCAUUGAGCACCCCCUUCUCUCUAUCCCCAUGGAGGUGCUGUGGGGUUGGUUUCCACAGGCCUUGGCCAGGGUAGAACCUCAGAACAGGUGGAACCUCAUUUUGUUUGAACUUCGCGGCCCCUAUGAGCAUAACCACUUCUGUUACAUUUGGAAGCUGUGGCCUCCACCCUGGCUUCUGCCCUCAGACACUCGGGGUUGGUCUGGAUUGCACGUUGACUGAGCAGGGGGCUGACCGAUUGCAGCAUUUUACUGUCAUUAACAGGGACUCCAAAGCUCCCCUAUAGGCCUCAGACCUACCAACUAUCCAUUUGAAACAAAACACCAGCCCUUUUGUAGUUGAUAAAGAAUAAAAUUGUUAAUCCGAUCAUCUCGAAUGGCAAAUCCUGA